UUUGUGAUACCUAAUAUGAUUGAGAAAACCAAAAGCCAACAUCAAAUAAAUAUGUUCCUUAGGUUUUAAAUGAUUGUGCUAGUGGUCUGGUUGGAAAUCCAAUUAUUUUCUGGUGCUGGUACCAACAUGCGGGAAGAUGGCCUUGACACAGAGAGAAAUUUGUUGCCAAGGCAACAAACAAAUAAAUAUGACUUAAGCUGAUACAAAGGUAGAGAUUUAUAAAAUAUCUCUAAGACAGGCACCUCCUAAUUCAGAUAAAAGAGGAGUACAUUUAGAUUUGCAAGAAACUGCUACUAAGAAAAAUAACGUUGGGUCCAUAUAGCAUCUGUUUCUUGAUCUGAUCUGGUCUACCUUGUAAAGUUGAUAUAUUUCUAUACUCAGAUUUCUGAUAAGAGCUAUCCAAAAGAACCAGGAGUUUCCUCUUCCACAGGAGACAUGGAUUGUUUUUGAUAGUCUUGCACAGGUAGACAUAUUUUCUGCAAUAAUUGAAGUAUAAAUUUUAACUUUCUAGUAAUUAAAAACAGGUUACAAAGGAAAAGGGAGAGAGUAAUAGACAUUCCUCAAAAUAAAAACCACAUAUGAUAACUCUUUUGUGUAAUGGCAAUAUAAAUUACAAUAUUUAAAGAUUUAUCAAACAACUGUGGCUCUUGUAUGAGGGGGAAAAUAGCCAUCCAACCUAUCUAAACUAACCAGAGUAACAAUUACCUGAAUAGAAAUGAUUUAAUUCAAGAAAAUUGCAGCUUUUCUUGAAUUAAAGGGAAACUUUGAAAGAAAUGGUGAAAGAUACUCAAUCACUUGAAAGGUUGCCUUUCCAUUCCUUCUGCAGGUUUAGCUGUCUCUAAUCUGACAGUUCCCUACUUUAACCAUCUUUUUCAAAGAUUCCCUUUAAUUCAAGAAAUUAUUUGAAUUAUUUACAAUGAUUCCAAUAAAAAUCCCCAUCUUAAACUUACAAUUUGAUUGAGAAGAAAAACAGCAGGGAGAAUUUUAACUGUUCAUGUGUUUAAUAUAUUUUAUUUGGUCCUCAUUCCCUGUAUUUUACAAUGUUUACUAUUAGGAAUACAUAGCCUGGGAAAUACCUUUAGUCUUUGGAUAGCUUUAGUAAACUGGACUAUCCUAGGAAUAUUUUUUUUAUAUAUGAUAGAAUUUACCUAAACAUGAAGUAGCUGUGACAGCUAAAUGCAAUCUUCAUGUACAGUGAUCUUAUGAUGCAAUGGUAUAUGGCAGUAAUGGCAAACCUUUUAGAGACCGAGUGCCCAAAAACCUGCCCCCCAUCCUCACUCCGCCCUGCCCAUUGGGCCACUCACCACCUCCACUGCCCGCCACAGAUCACCCAGGCAGCCCAGCAACGCCAUGGUGGCCAUGCCCUCCGCCCAUGCCCCGCAGCAUCAUCUGCAUGCGACGGGGCGCAAGAGCAGAGUUUUGUCCCCGCUGCCCGGCUAUCAUGACCUUGGCUGUGCUUCUUCACAUGGGCCGUGCCCAGGGGCAACUCUCCUCCGGGAAGGCUGCUGGUGAGGAGGGGGCCAUGGGAGGAGGCAGGGCUGGGGAGAUGGUGUGUGGCCCACAGAGAGGGCUCUGAGUGCCGCCUCUGGCACCCGUGCCAUAGGUUCGCCACCACUGGUAUAUGGGAAUUACCUUAGGAAACAGGAAGAAGAGCCAUAAACUAAUCAACUGUCAGAUUAGAGACGGCUAAACCUGGAGAAGGAAUGGAGAGGAAACAGUUUUCCAGUCAGGGAAGGAUCUCCAGGGCUUUUUUUUCUCAUAAAACGCCCAGAACGGAGUUCCGGCACCUUUUCUGGAUGGAACCUUGUAGGGUAAGAAAGGUGGGUUAUAUGACGUGUGUGAGUUCCAGCACCUUUUUUUUUUUUUUUUUUUAGAAAAAAAGCACAGAAGACCUCUAUCUAUGCAGCUAGUUUGCAGGAUGCCUUAUGUCAUCUCAGUGAUACAGCUGCACUUAAUUCUCAUAGUUCACACUCAGUUUCCCUGGAAAUUUAGGAUAGGGAACUGAGGCUAAAUGUGAAGGUGAAGGUAUGUGGGAUGACUUUGAGAGACAGGAAGAAGAGCUACAGAUUAGAGGCAGCUGAAGCCAUAGAAGAAAUGGGGUAUGGCAAAGAUCUCAGAAGGGAAUUCAUUGUAAAAGGUGAGGGAGGAAGACAUGUGCUUUUAAAAUUGCAAGAUUUUGUUAAUGUAACCUUACAAUAAAUAUAGAGUGGUUAUUCCUGUCUGGAUUAUUUCACAAAGCUGGUGUAUAUUUCUUAAUUCAUGAUACUGAUAUUUCUAAUACUCACCCUCAUGCCCUGCUGAGAACUUCCAUAGACACCUAUUUAGUUUUUUAUUAGAUAUAAAAUGUUACCAAAGAGAGAAGCAGCCUGAGAUUUUAGAUUCAAAGAUCCCUCAGAUACAGGCACUAUGGUCAAUGAUCAAGGUUGACAGGAAUGGUAAGCCACAAUAUCCAGUGAGUCUUCUUUAUCUCUGUGCAAGGAGGACUUGGAUGUGAUCAAACAAGGUGAUGUUAAUGAUCCAGCAGAAAAUUACACUUUAUUGCAAAAAUGGAAUAAGAUCUGUUGAUAGGUCAUUGCAUAGUUUAUAAAUGUGUGAAAAAAUUAUGAAUGCAUAUAUAUUUCUAGUUGGCACAUAGUAAACUGAAGUCUCAAUUUUACAUUUUAAUAAUAGCAAUGAUGAAACUUUGCUUUUUUUGUCUCAUAGUCUUAUUAGACUCUAGAAACACAAAUGUCAUAACUUCAUCAACUUGACCUUGGUACCGAGUUUAUAAACUGGAGUGGAUUAACUGACCAACCCAUUCACCUCCACUAGCCAUUCUGCAAUUUUCUAUGUACAUCCAUUUUCUAUGGACUUAAAAUCAUUUGUUAAGUGACCGAAGGUACAAUGGCACUGAAAAAAGUGAUGCAUAACCAUUUUUCACACUUAUGUCUGUUGCAGCAUCCCCAUGGUUAUGUGACCAAAAUUCAGAUCCUUGGCAACUGAUUCAUAUUUAUCACAGUUGCAGUAUCUCAGAAUUACGUGAUUACUUUUUGCAACCUUCUGACAAACAAAGUCAAUGGGGAAGCCAGAUUCACUUAACCAUUGUAACAACUGCAGUGAUUCACUUAACAACUAUUGCAAGAAAGGUGGUAAAAUGGGGCAAAACUCACUGUACAACUGUCUCACAUAACAACAAAAAUUUUGUGCUCAAUUGUGGUAAGUUGAGAACUACCUAUAUUUAUUUUUUCACUCAAAUGUGAAGGCUGUUCAAAACUGCAAGACUUAAAUAUGGCCCUUAAAAAUGCUUUUCAUCUAGGCCCUCUGCACUAAUUUCAAAGCAAGUUAUGCGAGUUAUGCUUUGGUAUGUAAAUGGGGUAAACUGGGGAAAAAGAAAACAUGUUACAAUUAUACUUUGUAUCUGUUAACAAUUAGAAAUAAUGCAUUAUUUUUUUUAAAUGGAAGUUAUUUUGUAACUACAGACUAAUAGGUCAAUUCAUUUUCAUUUAUAUCAGUUCUAAAAGAAGCUGGAAAUCAUUCUUUUUUAUUUUUUUGCUAUUUAUUAUUCUGUUGCAUACCUGUCCUCUUUUUUUCCCUUUACUCUCUUUCCUUCUAUUCAUUGUCUUUGAUUAUUAGUUCUUUUUUGUCUUAACAAUUAAUCAAAUUAUUUAAAAAUAGUAACUUUGUAUCUGGAAACUAAUGGCUGAGACAUCAUCAUCAUAAUAUAGCCUCUGUUUGAUUUCUUCUCAAAGUUGACAUGCAAGACAAAAAUAAAUGCAUCCAGUAUCCAGAAAAAAUACGUUUGGAAAGUAAAUCAAGAUGGAAGUUCAAAUAGGAAAAAAAAACCAUUAACCUAUUUACAAUAAUAAAUUGGACCAGAUAUAGCUGUAUCUGGGACCAAGAGAAAUCCUUUACCAUAUCUUCUCUGUUCUUAGGUGGUGAGUUCCCAACAUUGCCAUAUAGAGCCAAGUCAAAGCACAACUUUUUUCUUGCUAAACUGAAAGAUUGGGAUGCACAAGCAUUUUCUUUGUUAUACCAAGCUUGUUUUUCAUCUCUAUUAUCAACAAGGAAGUAUCAUAAAAUGUGUAGGGGAAUAUUUGGAACAUGAAAUUUGUGUCAGAGUAAAAUUUUUUCCUUCUGUUGUCUUACUUCUGAUAGAAGUUUUCUUUAAACGCUGUUUACUAACACUUAGUAUUUGUAAUAUAGUUGCAAGCAGAACUAAACAUGUAAUUUCUGCCUUUUUAAAAAUGACCCUUACUGCUACAAUGAUUAUGCAUUGGGACUAGAAUUUCCAUUAUUAAGCUAUGCAGUCAUAAAAUGCAACAUCAUGUGACUUCACUGCUUAGUGAUGGCAAUACCAGGAAUGCUUGUUGCCAUUGUUAAAUAAAUCAUGUACUACCAUUACCUGUGAAUUCACAUAUUUACAAUUUGUGAGCUCCCGCUGAUUUCCCCAUUGACUUUGUUUAUCAGAAAGCAGUGAAAGUCACAAAUGGCAUUCAUAUAACUAUCUGGUAAUCCCCCAGAUACGAGCAUUUAUUUAGGGAGAUUUCACAAAAACAAGGUUAUUCAGAAAGGGUACUUACAUUAGAAAUUCAAAAUUGUGACCAAAAACAGGCCUCUGUAGCCAUGUGACUUGGAUUCAGUCUCGGCUACUGCGGUGGUGAUUUUAACUCUGUAACUUGCUGGGUCAGUUUGAACCAAUGAGAAGCCGGAAGUGUGUGGGAGUCACAAGGCCAAACAAGAUCUGGUGAUUUUUGUAGCUGGCAACGACGAUUUGUUUUUGUUUUCCUGGAGCUGUGUGGAAGAUCUGCUGCUUGCUGGGCUUGAGGACUACUAUAGAGAGCUAGAGUUACUUCUGUACAGUACUCUGCAAGAUUGUUUGUUUGCAUUUGCCUGAAACUUACAGCAUGUGGCUGCUGCUGCCUCAUCUCCCUAGCACAGACUCACCUGAGAUUCUGCUGAUUGGAAGGAAAUCCCCCCCCCCAAUUUUGGAUUUUGCCUGGAGAGAUAAGAUUAAGAUCAUUUCUCAUGGCCCAGGACUCAGACUGAAUCUGAAGAAGCUGCUCCAGUGGACUCUGUGGAAUAUCAGCCUCAGGAAACAAAGCCAAAAAUCACCUGAGAUUAAUUCAAAAACGACCAUCUGAACAGCUGGAGCAGUCAAGUGAUGAUGAUGUAAGGCUUCCAAGCCUUUGCACCAGUUCUGUUGCAAAAUGUGAGAAUGAGGGAGAAAUUCUACAGAUCCCAUUUAUCACAGACAACCCUUGCAUAAUGUGCAUUUGCUUGAACAAGGAAGUGACAUGCAAACGUGAGAAGUGCCCUGUACUUUCGAAGACAUGUGCUCUGGUUAUUAAGCAGAGAGGAACAUGCUGUGAGAGAUGUAAAGAUUGCAGUUUUGAAGGAAGUUCAUAUAACAACUCAGUAUUAUGGCAGAGUCCAAAUAAACCCUGUUUCACACUACAAUGUCAGGAAGGGGUGAUAACAGAGUCCGAGAUUCAGUGUAUUGUUCAUUGUACAAAUGCUUAUAAGGAACCAGGGAUGUGUUGCCCCACAUGUCCAGGUUGCACACUUGAAGGUAGACAUUUCUCUGAAGGUGAGGAUUUUCAUCCUGACGGGAACAAAUGCAUCACAUGUACUUGUAUUGGUGGAAGGACACAUUGUAUACAGGAAGUGUGUCCCAUUCUCUCAUGUCCACAACACCUCAGUCACACGCCUUCUGGACAGUGUUGCCCAAAAUGUGUAGGGCAGAGGAAAGUAUUUGAUCUUCCAUUUGGAAGUUGCCUCUUUCAUAGUGACGUUUAUGACAAUGGAGCCUCCUUUAUGUAUGACAACUGUACAAAGUGUACAUGCAGGGAUUCCACUGUGGUGUGUAAGAAAAAAUGCUCCCCUCCCGGAGGUUGUAUCAAAGCCAGAGACGAGUGCUGCAAGGAGUGCAUUUCAUAUGUGUCUCCUGAGGAAAAAAAAGUGUGCAAGUUUGGAAAUAAGGUCUUCCAGGAUAGAGAGAUGUGGUCCUCUGUUAACUGUACCAUCUGUGCCUGUGUGAAAGCCAAGACGGAAUGUCGCAAGAAGCAGUGUAUUCCAGUCAGCAGCUGCCCUCACGGAAAGAUCCUCAACCGAAAAGGAUGCUGUCCCAUUUGCACUGAAAAGCCUGGAGUUUGCACUGUAUUUGGAGAUCCCCACUACAACACUUUUGAUGGACGGACAUUUAACUUUCAGGGAACAUGUCAGUACGUUUUGACAAAAGACUGCACUUCUACUACCUCACCAUUCCAGGUGCUGGUAAAGAAUGAUGCCCGAAGGACUCGUUCGUUUUCCUGGACAAAAUCUGUAGACGUUGUGCUGGGCAGCAGCACUGUCAGCCUCCAUCAGCAUCUCACAGUGAAGUGGAAUAGGACUCGCAUUUCUCUACCAUAUGAGACGCCACAUUUUCACAUUGACUUGGAAGGAUAUCUGUUGAAAGUGACAACCAAAGCAGGAUUAGAAAUUUCUUGGGAUGGAGAUAGUUUUGUUGAAGUCAUGGCUGCCCCUCAUCUUAAAGGCCGGCUUUGUGGUCUGUGCGGCAACUAUAAUGGACACAAGAGAGAUGAUCUGAUUGGUGGUGAUGGUCAUUUUAAGUUUGAUGUGGAUGACUUUGCUGAGUCUUGGCGUGUGGAAUCAAAUGAAUUCUGUACUCGUCCUCCAAGGAAGCAAUUUCCUGAAUUGUGCCAAGGAACUGUGAGAGUAAAACUCCGUGCUCAUCGGGAAUGCCAAAAGCUCAAAGCAUGGGAUUUUCAGAUUUGCCACUCAACUGUGGACUACACUGUGUUUUAUCGGUCCUGUGUGACAGAUAUGUGUGAGUGCCCAGUUCAUAAGAACUGCUAUUGUGAGUCAUUUCUAGCCUAUGCCAGAGCUUGUCAGAGAGAAGGUCUGAAGGUCCAUUGGAAACCUGAAGAAAAUUGUGCUGGAAUCCAAUGUAAACAUGGUGCAGUUUAUAACACGUGUGGUCCUGGUUGCGUGAAGACUUGUGCUAACUGGAAUGAGAUUGGUCCCUGCAAUAAGCCCUGUGUUGCAGGAUGCCACUGCCCUGCCAACUUAGUCCAUCACCAAGGAAGAUGCAUCAAACCCACUCUCUGUCCACAGCGGUGACAUUAGCUUUCACUCCAAGGACACUGAACUUGUUAUCUUGAGUCCCUUUUGAAGCUCAUAACCAGUAAGGACUGCAGAGUUUGUUGGCAGAUUUUAUAAAGCUCUCUUCCAAAGAGAAAAGGAAAUGUCUGUGCCUAUGAAUGUAUAUGUCUAUCUGGAAAUGUACACCAAUACAAGCAUAUAUGCAGUUGUAUAUAUACUGUGUGUAUGUGAAAAAGAGAAUGUGUGUGUAUGUGUGUAUGUGCGCACAUGUGAAAAGAGUAGAUCUAAAAUUGCCAUAUCCCUUAGCAUCAAUGAACUAAAGGAAAUCCAUCCACAUUGUGUGAAGGAACGUGUGCUGAAACCCAAAAGUCAUUGUUCAAUUGAAUUGGCAUAGCAUGAUCUUACUACGUGGUCACUCUAUGCCAGUUCAGCAAGAGGCUAGCCCUCAUUUCUCUGGGUUUUUGCAUCAUUUAUAUCAAUAUAGAAGGACAAAUUAUUAUAUGUAUAUAUUUUUUCCGUUAUGUUUUAGUAUUUAUCUAUUCCUAGGCUCUAGACCAUGAGGAUCUUUUGUAUAACUCAAUCAGACAUUCAGUGGCAAAGAAAGUACUAGCUGGAGAACCCAAUUGUUUUCAAGUCUGUUCUUGUUCCAACCUAAGUUUUGGCUAAAUUUUAGAUUGAUCCAGGACUUACUGAUUUUUUCCUUUGCAGAAGUUUUGGAUAAUAGUUGAAGUAUCUUAAUAAAGAAAACUUGACAACGCA